AUGGGGACGAAUAAGCAGCUCGGCUACCCAAUUAAAGAGAAGCUGGCGGCAGUCGACCUCAUUGAGAGGAUUGGGCUCACUGCCGCCGUUGAAAAGCUGGGCCACCCGCACGGCACGGUGCAUGGGUGGUGGGUCGGUAGGGCCAAGCUGCGCGUCAACGAGGGGAACAAGUUCGACAAGACGACCAAAGGGCAGGGACGUAAGGAAAGCUUUCCAUUUACCUCUGCCCUUUUGACGUACAUGAAAGACGUACGCCGCGACGAAGAAACGGAUUCCCAGCUCAAAAAAUCCAAGAAAUCAAGCUCCCAAGUGUGGAUCUGCAGCGCUUAA